CUUUGCACUUUGAAAAGGCGGUACAAAAUCCAUCAUGGCGACUAGUUGACACAGAAAACUUUUCUGAUUGUUUCAUACUCGAAUCUCCAAAAAUUCCGCCACUUUUCAUUCCCACAUGACCCUUAGAGUCGUAGACUACGUCUUUAAGAACCUUGUUAGCACCUUAAGGAGGUAAAGACUCGGUGUUAUUGUCUCCAAGACGGCAGAAACUGGAGAAGUGGAGAUGGCGGAAGUGCGGUCCCGCAGGAAGAAGCACACCUACAGCGUGUCCCAGGUGCACUCCGUAGACGACGUGCACCUGGCGCAGGCCGACACGUCAGAGGGUUUCUUCGCCCGCGGACGUGAGUUCGAGAGCGUGUACGUGAACCACCGCUACACGGCGCAGGAGCGUGAGGAACUGUCAAAGUUCGACAGUCUGGACUACCUGCCCUCCCACAGCUUUGCCUACAAGAACUGGAUCAAGAGGCAGCCCAGCAGGCUGGACUGGGACCGCUGGGUGAUGAUGGGGCUGAUCGGGUUCUCUGUGGGGUUUCUGGGGUUCCUGCUUCACCAGAUUAUUGAGAUCAUCUCCGAGUACAAGUGGGACAAGGCAGAGGACUUCAUCAAGGAGGGAGACAUUGCUGUGGCCUAUAUCUGGGUGCUGGGCAUCAGUCUGCUGCUGGUUAUAGUGGGGUCUGGGCUGGUCGUGUACCUACGGCCGUCAGCAGGGGGCUCUGGCAUGCCCGAGCUGAUCGGGUUCCUGAACGGAACGGUCGUGCGGCACAUCUUUAACGUGAAGACGUUCGUGGUGAAGUUUCUCUCGUGCGCCUGUGCCGUGGCCAGCGGGCUGCCUGUGGGACCAGAGGGACCCAUGAUCCACAUGGGCGGACUGAUCGGAGCCGGUUUGAGCCAGUUCCGAUCGGGAACCCUCGGGUUUGCCCUGCCGUUCUUUGAGAGGUUCAGGAACUCUGAGGACAGGAGGAACUUUAUCCAGGCAGGUGCCGGGGCUGGCGUGGCCUCUGCGUUCGGCGCUCCGGUCGGUGGUCUGCUGUUUGCUAUGGAGGAGGUUUCUUCCUUCUGGAACAUGAAGCUGACCUGGCAGACAUUUUUCUGCUGCAUGAUCGCCACCUUCACCACCGACCUUUUCAACUCAGCCUUCACCAGCUUCCAGUACAAGGGCAGCUUUGGGCUGUUCAGGGCAGAAACCUUGAGCUGCACAUGGCGCGAGACGUGAUGGCGGCCCCUCCCUGCAUCAUCUCCACCCGGGAGUCGGUGGCAAACCUGGCACACCUCCUGCUGGACACCCCCCACGGAGGCUUCCCAGUGGUACAUUCCAGCCGAGAGGGGCAGGAGAAGACCUUCUACGGCAUGAUAACAAGGAUAGAGCUGAGCGUGAUCCUUUUCCACCCUGAGCUGUUUGAGACGAUAGAGAACCCGUCACCAGAAGACCCUGAGGUCACACUACUGGACUAUCAACAGACAACAAUACACAAGUUGUACAACACAGAUGAGAUAGAGGACCUGCUGACCAAGUUCUGUGACGACCCUGUGUACGAUCAGCAGUUUGUGAACCUGCAACCGUACGUGAACCAGUCGGCGUUGUCGGUACGUGACAACUUCUCGCUCCACCGAACCUACAUCAUCUUCCGCACGCUGAAGGACUUGAUGGGGUUCCAUCUGGAGGAGGCGCUGGCGGCCAUCUUGCAGAACCAGAUGGAGCAGAACAACAUCCGGGUCGAGAUGGCGGAGGUCACCGACAUGCCUAACAGCACGACGGCAUGACGUCGCCAUGGACAUGGAAUGUACAAGAAAGCAAGUUUUGCACUGGU